CGCUGCAAUCACUGAUAACGGGGCGUUGGAAGUAACGGUGCGCCGCAGCGGAUGAGUUGUACGGAUUUGUGCACUAUUCUGUGGGAUUGAUAACUGUGAUUUGAUAAGUGUGUGAAUGACUCGAAGGGUUGUGGAUUUGCGGUCGGGGGGUGGCGAUCACCCGUGCGUUGGUACUUGCAAGUGACUACAGUUGCUACCUGGUAUUCUGACGACGACUGAGUGGGGCAGAAACGACACGAUUUAUUGUACCUUCGACCUAUGUUGACGCAGGCUCGUAUCUCGGUUCUGAUUCUACGCCCAAAUGGUGCGACCGCAUUGCUUCUGUUUGGGACAAGAGGCUGGUGAUCUGAUGAUGGGGCAGUGGGGUCUCAUAUUUUAGUGAGUGUUGUAGUUUUGUAACUACAAGCAUUUUGGCAUACAUGGAAUUAUCAAUUCUGUCCAAAAAUUGCAUUGGUCUGGUGGCUGGUAGGAAGCUUGUUUGGUAGAUAUGGUGUGGGUUUUAGCAAUUUUGACCAGCUGCAUAGGAUUAUAGUCUAGGUAGGACAUUUAGUUCUAUGAUGAUAUUUAAGUGCACCCUAAAGUGCUUUUUGCUCUGUUUUCUGUAACCAGAGAUGUAGUUUCACUACAUGGGUGGGGUAAAGGACUGAGCAGUGAUUCCUAACAAAAGUUUUACCCCUAAAAAAAAACAAAAUCAGGGUUCUCUACUGCAAAAGGCCAUUUCAUUCUUAAAGUCGGGUAGAGCCCAGAGCUGGAGCCGCAUUUGGGGUUUUGGGGCUGAAACCCAAGUUGGAAGAGUGUGAGAGGCCCUCUCUUACUCCCUCCACCUUUUGGAUAGCAGAAGUUCUAGUUACAAACCAGUCUGCUUCUGCUCUGCUGCCUGGGAGUUCUGGUUGUAAGCAGCAUGCUAUUAGCCUGUGGUUUGUCACCCAGGCAAACCCUCACACUGUUGGUAAUUAGCCAGCUGCAGCUAUCAGUAUUGUGUGAUGAAUGGGUCACUUACCUAGCCCCUUAAUCCUGUUUGGCACUGUGAGACCAGCUGACCCUGCUGCCAACUAGAACUGUCACUUUCUCUCAUUUUGUUGCUCUUUGAAAAAUGGUGUCCUGCUCCACACACCCCAAAUAUGAAGCCCAUGUACAACCAAUGAGGAGAUGUCAAAUAAAUCCUACAGAAGCCUGCAGCUCGACUCUUGAAUUUGUAUUUACAAGCAUGUAGCUAACAUUUUUUAACACCUCAGCCAGUUUCAUGGAGUUCUUUGAGAUUAAGGUCAUCAACAUAUGUGCAUCCAACAAAUUUGUACAGAUUGAUGUGCAAUGCUCCUUAUUUGUGGGCUUCUGAAGGGCAGUGCAUGCAAAUUGAAUGGGAGUUAAAGCAGGGAGCUGAUCUUUUAACUAUCUAAAAUGUUGCAUUGUUUCCUUGGAUAUUGGCUGGAAAAAGUAACCAGAAAUGGAGAGUUUAUCUUUUUAAGCUGAAAGGAAACCAAUGUCUUGCCAGCAUCACUGAUGCUGAAAAGCCCAGCUGUCAUUGUUGACCUUUAUUUGGCAAUCUACAUGAGCAUAGCCUUAACUGUGAAUUUGGUGAUGUAGCUGCAUUGGCCCAUUUUUGGAAUCUAUGUUAGGUAUGUCUGUGGCAUUCCAUGGAAAGAGUAGUCCAAAAAUAGCAUCUGGAUGCAUACAGCUGACAGAAAGUGUUAGAUUCUGGCCAAUACAUAUGCUCAAAAAUGAUGGAGGCAUCGCUCAGAUGAGCUUAGUGAAGAUCGCCUGAAAUCAGAUUGCUCAGUCAUGUGAAACCAGAUUGCAUCAGUCUUUCCAGCCCAUCUGGCGAGCAAACUUGUAAUGCCUCCCUUAAAGUUGAUUGAAACUGCUGUCAUCUUCUGAUUGGCUGUGCACUGGAACACUUUCCUUUCAUCGAGUGGGCCGUUUGUGUAUACGUCCGUUCGGUUUCACGUAACCCGUGUCUGGACGGGACCGCAAGUCCGAAGCAGUCGGCGACAUCCCGAGUAAUGAAUCAUCGAAUCUCGAUGACGGGUUAUCUCAUCACAUGUUAGGAACAGGCGCUGUAUGGGACGCAAUAUGACGGGCUCGUGCUGGAACACGUGACCAGCCGCAGCUGUUGUUGCGGGCAGCGAACCCGUGCGACAGUAGCCACCGGUAGUCGCCGGCACUUACUUGUGCUCCUACGCGCUGCAAGAUGGCGGUACUGCCGCGAUAAUUUGAACGCUGAGCGCCUUUGUGUGUAUUUUGACUUCUGUGUGUUGUUACAUCUUUGGCUUGCAUUUCCUAGCCUCUUUUGUUUACAAUGUCUCGGCAUUCGCCACACGUCGUUGGCUACUAAAGACAAAACGUAAAGUGCGAUGAAGGCAUCUUCUAGCUCGUGCGCGUGACCAAUCAACUGGCUCCGGGGUCUUACAUAACCUAAACUGCCCGGUUUUACGGGUUUCCUCUCCGCUGUUGUGCCGAGGAGGCAGAUGCUAAGUUAAAUGUCGGUGUCGCGUGCCCGCCUGCCUCGACCCAUCCCAGAGUUCACUGUAAACACUAAGCGCCUCCAUUGUGUUAUCCCCGGGUAUGACUAGGAGACGUGCUAACAAACGUCUUGACACGCACUUUGGGAAAGAACGGCUUAGCAGUGAAAAUGAGUAUUGACAACCCUGUAUUGGGAUGUCUUCAAAGCGUAAAUGUCCUGGGGCAUACUCAUGGUGACAUCAUCAUGUGACUGUCAGACCUGAUCGCGACUUGGUUCCAAUCCCCCCCCCCCCAUCCCCAUAUUUGUCUGCAAGUGGCAUUGAGGGGAGCUGCAUAGAAAUGGAUACUAACUGAGAAAUUGCAUGAAGCACAUGUGAGACUAUGGUUCGGUCACUUUUUGACAGGUAUGGCUCACCCAACGACUUUUGACGAGCAUCCUAUACAUCCACUGACUUCGGACUUGCAUCCAUUGACUUAUAUUUGCACGAAUUUGCUGAAGUAAGUUUAUAUUUCCAUGGCGUAAUCAUGCCAGGACGUGGAGGGUCUCAAGUUUUAUCACACACGUCCUUGGCGGCAUUGACUGAGGUGCCACAAGUGCUGCACUGUUUGUUCCGACACUGCGGGCGCUGCGCUUGGGGUCUCCGCCAAACGUGUCUGGGGCGGGCUUCGUUCUGCACCCUACCGCUGCAACUGGCGUUCCGUCCAGAGCGUGGUGGCCACGGGAGAGGUCGUCGUCAGCUGAGGCCCACCUACAUCUGGAGGAAAUAGGUAUCAAGUUAUGGGAGCACGAGCCACGGCUGAUCUAGAGGAACUCGUGCAGUCGCAGGCGGUGGGGCGUGGUCGCGGUGGCGGUGGUGGUCGCGGCCGUGGCCGUGGCCGUGGCCGUGGUGGUCGCGGUUGUCGCGCCCCGACGCUAUCUGAGGACGAGGCCAGUCGGCUGGCGGCGCCUGUUGUCCGAUACGUACUGGCAGAACACGGCCGCGGCGCACCCAUCCUGCGCAGCAACAUCCAGAACGUGGCUGUGCCGGCUCAGCACUCUGACAGCCUGAACCAGAUCCUGCUCGUCGCCAACGAACACCUGUUGCACGUGUUCGGUGUGUCCCUGGAGGCGCUGAAGAACAAAACGCAACUGGUGCUGGUGAACCGGCUGCCGUUGCCAGACAACAGGCCCGAUGUGUUGGUGGAUCCGCCCGCCGUGGCGCUGUCGGAGGCAGAGAAGCAGCAGCGUGGCCUGCUGGUCGUCGUGCUGGCCUACAUCUUCAUGAACAACGGCCCCGUCUUGGAAGAGGCGAUGUGGGCCUACUUAAAGGCACUCGGUGUGGAGAAGAAUGAUCAGCAGGGGUGUUUCGGGAACGUCGUGAAGCUUCUCGAGCAGGACCUGGUGAGGGCUCGGUACUUGUCCACGAAGCAAGUGAAGCGGAAGGGCGGCGAGACGGCGCUCGAGUUUGACUGGGGCGAGCGGGCCCGUCACGAGAUGGAUCGCGGAAGCCUGCUGCAGUUCGUCUGCCAGGUGUGGGGCGAGAAAACCCAGCCCUCGGAUUGGGUGGAGCAAUAUAUGAAUGUUACAACCGAGCAACAGCAGCAGCAGCGCGAGCAGUAGAACUGGCUGCCACAUGGUGGGGGUGGCGUGAUUCCAGCAUCAUCUGUGAUUGCAGCAUUUGGUUUUAUACGGCACGAUGCGGCGCUCGUGAACUAGAUAGUCGUGCGUGCUGCGGUUUGUCAUCAUUCUCUUCGCGCAAUCAAGCUUAUGCACAGUGCGGUGAUGUUCUUUGCAUUGCUCAAAUAGUGAAUGUCUUCCGGGUAAGACAUGCACGCGGGUGACUAGCAUGUAUCAUUAGGGCGGUUAACUCUGCCCACGCAUCGCGAGGUUGGCGCGCUCGACGUUUUAUAUCAUUGUCACGCGUGUUAUAGGCAACGUUUCCCGCCUAGAGUUCCCAUUGGCCAUCACAUUCACAUGUUUGCAUUUUUUACUGAACAUUUCUGUGCAAUGAGGGCUCUUUGAAAUACUUGGUGAACUCAAGCACUCCUUGAAUUUGAUAUUUUGGUCCAGCUGUUUUCCCUCAGAUUGUGUUCGAACGUGUCAUGUUGUAAGCCUCGGAGAAAAUAAAAUUUCGGUCGUAGGGUA